GUUGUUAUGACGGUUAAGUGUAGGUAGUGUUCAGGCAGUAGUCUUCCUGCAUGGUCUGAAAGCACAGCUGUACCUGGGUUGCUGAAACUUGAACAUGGGCAAACAGAAUGACGACCAGGCAGACCAUAAGAUGGGAAACUUUGAGGAAAACGCUGGGAAGCAGACAGUCACAGGAUGCCUCUUCAGCGCAGCCUUCUUCGGGGCCCUGGGCUCGUCUUUCCUUUAUGGCUACAACCUCUCUGUGGUCAAUGCUCCUGCUGUGUACAUCAAAGCUUUCUACAAUAAGACAUGGAUGGAGAGAUAUGGAGAGCCAAUUCCAGCAGAGAGAGUCACCCUCUUCUGGUCCAUCACAGUGUCCAUAUUUUCUAUUGGAGGCCUCAUUGGGGCUCUGGCCGUCUCUUUUAUCAUCAAAGCAUUGGGAAGAAAGGGAACCUUGCUGCUGAAUAACGGCUUUGCCAUAAUAGCUGCUCUGCUGCUGUCCCUGGGGGAGAAAUCAAGAUCUUUUGAGAUGCUCAUCAUUGGUCGCCUCAUUAUGGGGGUGGACUCUGGUAUAGCUCUCAGUGCCCUCCCUAUGUACCUGGGAGAGAUUUCCCCAAGACACAUCAGAGGCUCCAUUGGCCAGUUCAACUCCAUCCUGAUCUGCUUAGGAGUGUUCACAGGACAAGUGCUGGGGCUGCCUCAGCUGCUUGGUCAGGAGUCGAGGUGGAACUUCCUCUUUUCUUUCCUGGCACUGCCGGCUGUGCUGCAGCUGUGCGUGCUGCCCUUCCUUCCCGAGAGUCCGCGCUACCUGCUGCUGGAGAAGAGAGAUGAAGCCGGAGCAGAAAAAGCUUUCCAGAGGUUUUUGGGAAAGAAAGACGUGUCCCAAGAGCUGGAAGAGGUCCACGCGGAGGCUCGAGCUCAGGACAAUCUGCACAUCGUCUCUGUGCUGCAGCUGCUGAAGAACCCAGCUGUGCGCUGGCAGCUCAUCACUGUCAUCAUCACCAUGGCCUGUUAUCAGCUCUGUGGCCUCAAUGCUAUCUGGUACUACACCAAUGGGAUCCUUCGGGCAGCAGGUUUUGCCGAUAACUUACUUCCCUACAUCACAUUGAGCACAGGAGCUAUAGAGACUCUGGCUGCCAUCGUCUCGGGUUUGGUGAUUGAACGAAUUGGAAGGAAACCCCUCCUCAUAUUUGGUUUUUCUUCCAUGGCCGUGUUCUUCAGCCUCCUCACAGUUUUCCUUAAUUUCCAGGAUAGUGUGUCAUGGAUGCCCUACCUCAGUUACAUCUGUAUCCUGGCUGUGAUUGCGUCCUUUUGCUCUGGACCAGGUGGCAUCCCCUUUAUCCUGACCGGGGAGCUGUUUGAACAGUCUUACCGGCCUGCCGCCUUCAUGAUCGCCGGCACUGUGAACUGGCUGUCCAACUUCACCGUGGGCCUCCUGUUUCCAUUCAUUCAAGAUUUGCUGCAGGACUUUGCCUUCCUGGUGUUUGUGGGGGUGUGCACCUUGGGAUCCAUCUACCUCUAUGUCGUCCUCCCUGAAACCAAAAAUAAAACAUUUAUGGACAUCAGCCAGAGCUUUGCUAAGAUUAACAAAAUGCCCAACCCCUCCCUUGGCCAGGAAAUGGAGCUGAUUCUGUCCAUUAAGCCUGACUCUAAUGGAAAAGCCCAAGAUGUCACGAAGACAGAGAGUUCCUUCUGAAUGAACGGACAGCACUAAUAAUAGAGAAACAGGGUCAAAUUAUAAAGUAAAAUAUUUGUAGUUUUUACAUGUCUAUUUAAUGAAAAUAUUCAAUUCACUUUAAAUGUGUUUUUUUAUAUGUUUUACAUGACAGGGAUAUUAAGGUGUAUUACAGGAUUUCAGUUUGCAGUAAUUCAUUGUUUAUGCCUCUUAAUAAAAAGAAGAAAACCAAGAGA